CCUCAUUGGUUUUAGGAGAGAAGCCUUUUCCCAUUCCAGCUGAGUUAAAAGGGAAAACACAGAAGUUGGUUUUAUUUCUGGAGACAACUGCACACACUUACCAUGGCAUCUGAAAAGCCAAUACUCUACAGCUAUUUCCGAAGUUCCUGUUCUUGGAGAGUGCGAAUCGCACUGGCUCUGAAAGGAAUUUCCUAUGACUUGGUCCCAGUGAACCUCAUUAAGGAUGGAGGACAGCAGUUUUCUGCUGAAUUCAAGGCACUGAAUCCAAUGCAGCAAGUCCCAGCCUUGAAAAUUGAUGGCAUCACCCUUUCUCAGUCACUAGCUAUAAUUAAUUACCUAGAAGAGACACAUCCUCACCCCAGGCUCCUGCCCCAGGAUCCAAAGAAGAGAGCCCAAGUCAGAAUGAUCGCUGAUCACAUUGUCUCUGGCAUUCAGCCACUCCAGAACCUGAGUGUCCUGAAACAAAUGGGGGAGAAAAAAAUGGAAUGGGCUCAGAACUGUAUCACAUCUGGCUUUCAAGCACUGGAGCAGAUUCUGCAGCACACUGCUGGACGCUACUGUGUGGGGGAUGAAGUUUCCAUGGCUGAUCUGUGUUUAGUGCCUCAAGUUGCCAAUGCUGAAAGAUUCAAAGUGGACAUGGGUCCAUAUCCCACAAUAACCAGAAUAAAUAAAGCUCUCUUGGAGUUAGAGGCCUUCAAAAUAAGCCACCCUUCCCGGCAGCCAGAUACUCCUGCAGAGCUGCGAGCAUGAAGCCCUUGUACUCACUAAAUCUAGAAAGCUGCCAUGAUAAAGAAGACAACACCUACAGGAUGAGUAGGACUUCAGUACCAGUAGGAAACCCCAGUACUAUUGCUUCCCUUUCAUCUGGAUGGGAAGGACAGAGGACCUGGAAAUAGUGUGGAUGACUUACAGGAGCUAUGCCUGUGCUGGAAUACCUGCAGCUACUAGUUUUUUCUAUGCAGUCUAUCUCUAUGAAGCAGAUUAAAGCAGAAGUAUCCAUAAUGAU